AGAGAAAUGAAAGUGAAACUGAUUUGAAUUAUAAACAUUUCUGUCGUUUCCUGGGCUAAAGGUUUCACCACUACCACGUAUUUACUGUUGCAUUCUGGGACCUCAAACACAAACCACUGAGUCAUGGCUUUCUCCAGCAGUUUUCUGUCUGAAGAGCAGCUGCUGUGUUCGAUCUGUCUGGAUGUGUUCACUGAUCCAGUCACCACUCCAUGUGGACACAACUUCUGCAAAAAAUGCCUUGCAGAGUAUUGGGAUAGCAGUGACCAUUGUCAGUGUCCACUGUGUAACAAGAGUUUUGAGACGAGACCCGAUCUGUCCAUAAACACUUUGAUAUCUGAAACAGCUGCUCAGUUUAAACAAUCAGUUAAAGUGAAUACUGCCAACGCUACAGAGGAAAAUGCCUGCACAUCAACUAAGGUGUCGUGUGAUGCCUGCACUGGUGUCAAACAGAUCUCUGUGAGGUCAUGCCUUAAUUGUGGCGCAUCCUACUGCGAGAUUCAUCUAGCGCCUCAUAAGAAUAUACAAAACCUGAAGAAACACAAACUAAUAAACCCUGUGGAGAACCUGGAGGACUACAUAUGCCAGAAACAUGAGAGACCUCUAGAGCUGUUCUGUAGAGAUGAUCAGACGUGUGUGUGUCAGUUCUGUACUGAAGGAGAUCACAAGAAUCACAACACUGUUCCUGUAGAGGAGGCGAAUGCUGAAUUGAAGGCUUGCUUGAAAAAAACGCAAACAGAAGUGCAGCAAAUGAUCCAGGAGAGGUUAGAGAAGACUGAAGAGAUUAAGCAUUCGCUGGAGCUCAGCAAAAAAAGCACAGAGGAAGAGAUUUCACAAGGUGUUGAAGUCUUCACUGCUCUGAUUCGCUCCAUUGAGAGAAGUCAGGCUGAGCUGCUCGAGGUGAUGGAGGAGAAGCAGAAUGCAGCAGAGAGGCAGGCUGAAGGACUCAUUAAAGAGCUGGAGCAGGAAAUCACUGUGCUAAAGAGGAAAGAUUUACAUUUGGACCAGCUCUCAAAUGCUGAAAACUAUCUCCAAAAAAUUCAGAUUUACUCCUCCAUGUGCAGCCCUCCACACACCAAGAACUGGACUGAGAUCAGUAUUAACACUGAUCUCAGCAGGGAGACUCUGAGAACAUCUCUGUCUCAUCUUCACAAAGAGCUCAACAAUGAAAUGGAUAAAGAAAUGCAAAAAUUAAAGCAGAUGAGUCAGCAGAAGGCAGAAGCCUUUAGCAUGAACCAGACACAACUGCUGCUGCUACUGUUACUGUCAGCGGCUUUCCUUGUACCAGUGUCAAAUGCGAUAUGGAUUCAGAUUUAUGCAGUGGAUGUGACACUGGAUCUUGAUACAGCAAGUAAAUAUCUCAUCGUGUCUCAAGACGGGAAAGAAGUGAGGAGUGAGGACACAUGGAUCAAUGUCCCAUACAACCCAAAAAGAUUUGUUCAUGAUCCUUAUGUUCUAGCAAAGGAGGGUUUCUCCUCAGGGAGAUUUUAUUAUGAGGUGCAGGUCAGGGGGAAAACAGAGUGGGAUCUUGGAGUAGCCAGAGAGUCUAUUAGCAGGUAUGGGAAGAUUUAUCCAAAUUAUAAAGGUGGGACUUGGUCUAUGAUUCAGAGACAUGGCAGUGACUACAGUGCUUGUGCUGGUUCUUGUGUCAGGCUCACUCUAAGAGAGAAGGUGGAGAAGGUGGGGGUGUUUGUGGAUUAUGAGGAGGGUCUGGUGUCCUUUUAUGAUGCUGAGGCCAGGUCUCAUAUUUACUCUAUAACUGGUCAGUCUUUUACUGAAAAACUCUAUCCAUUCUUCAGUCCAGGUCUUACAUAUGACAAUGGAAACUCAGCACCACUGAUCAUCUAUGAUGGGUAUAAAUACCUGAUUACACUGAGACAGUUUUUCUCUACAACAAUACAGCAAUGGUUUUAAAGUCCAUGUUAGCUUGAUUUCAAAUGGUAAAAACUAAAUAAGGAUCAGUGGCGUUAAAGUGGAUUAAAGUAUAUAUUUCUAACUAAAAUUUGAUUAUAACUACAAGCUAUAAAACUCCUUUUUUCUGCCUGAUCAGAAGCAUGUGGAUGCGUUAGAUCACUGAUUGAUAAUUGCUCCUGACAAUGUAAAUAACUCAUGCAGUGCUUGGGCUUGAAUCUCCUUGUACCACAGAAGCAUAUAGGAAAGACCACACUCAUUUUUACACACAAGUCAUGAACGCAAGUGGUGUGUUAUAGUAUCGUCUACAGUAUAGUGCUUGUGGAAAGUGGGUAAAUCAGCUCAUUUACAUUUUUUCACAUUUAAUAACUGUGAAGUGCAGCAAGAUCAUAUUAACUUGAACGUCAAAAUUAAUCUAUUUUUCCAUUUAUAACCUUGUGAGAUUUUAUUAUACAAAUGUGGAAAACCAAGAAAAAAAGAAGUAAUUAUUUAUUCAUGUCAUUCAUGACAAUGUCCAGGGACUUUCUAAAAAGUGUGUAGUUUAAUAAAAAGUUUUCAUAGAGAUAAGAGCUCAGAGCAGGAUACUCAAACACAGAAGGUUACAGUAACUUUAUACUCUCAAUUCUCAUGUUACAGGCAAAAGAGUACUAAGUAUAAAAUACAUCACAAAGUUGUAACUGAAAACAUAUUAUGCCGGUGUCAUAAUGCUUUAUAAUGCUUAUGCCAUUUGGCUGCCAAACACACGUUGUUAAACUGGAUUAACUUGUUGCAUUUUGUGUAUUCAGGCCCAACCCAUCAUAAGUCGUUUUCAUACCUGUAGUGGGGUAUGUGUACUUUUAUACUACUAAAAAGUAAAAUUCCUUCACGCCAGUCGUCUGUUUCUCAUCACAAACUCCGAUGAUGUCCUGUCAAUCUGGCUAGUAGCCAAAAAAGUGGACAUAUGACCUUUUCCCUUUUUAAUUCCACAACUGUUGAGUACAUAGGAGAUGUUGAUGCAGUCUGUCAAUGCUGUUGUAAAGAUGUCAUUGAAAUGUUACAUUUUAAAGGUCAUAGAAUAGUCAGCUUUGCUGUAAGCCAAUAACUAAAAUGGUACAAACUAACUUAUACUAAACAGGCCAGGAGAACAUGUCCUACUGCUGUGAAUAGCUUUAUCUAGUUAGUUACAGUAAAUUAUAUUAUAGCAAUAUUAAUGUUCUCAUUGUAAUAAGUUACAAGGGACACACAGGGACUAGUAACGGUGCUCGGCUUGCGCAACAUGCCACAUCACACCCUUUCGUGUGUUAUUUUUGUAUAGCAGCACUAUCUGUCGUUAUUCUUUACAUAUUAGACAAGCGAAUGUUACAUGGAAAUGCUUUAGGAUUACAAUUCCAAUUUCAGUUCAUUUCAAUACAGUUAAUUUCUAAAUUGUUCUGUUUCUGUGUUCACUGCUGUCUGUGGUAAGAAGCUCUAUUUUGUAUAUUGUCUAAAUAACUGUAAAACACUGUUUAUUAGGUGAGCUAGAAAAUAUUUACUUUGAGCACAGCAGGACUAAGAAGGAAAGAGGGAUGCUAUACUUUACUUUUUUUG